UAAAGCAGGCCAACACCCACAGAGUCCAGCUAUAGCUAAUAAACCUAUUUCCCAGCCUUGGUUCCCUGUUUAUCUCUCAUACAAACCACAAUAAAACCCAGUGGAAACUACCGCCCCCACAUGCACAUGAAAGAUUAGACACCCCUGCUCCCUUAAAAUGUCUGCACUGCCUGAGUAGGCCACUUCGCAGGGAACUAUUAGGGCGAUUGGAAUGCACCCCCUGUUUGCACCCCAGGACGUUGAGCGCUUUAGACCAAUGAUUAUUGUCUCCCCCUGGGGGAGGGUCUCUGAUACUGCUGUGGGACCCAUUUGUAUACAUGUUUAAUACAUGUGGCGUUCUGGCACAGCGAUAAUAAUAACUGUGCCUCUGACUUCAAUGAGAUCAACAUGUCCAAAAAGACGUACUAUCAGAGACGCGAGAGCUUCUCCUCAGAGUACUGCUGUGUUCCUCUGUGUGGAGCCACCGCCAAGUACAACUCGGUGCUCAGCUUCCACGCUUUCCCGUCGGAUGACGAGCUGAGGAAAGCUUGGAUAAUCAAUAUACGGCGGGAUAACCUUACAAUAACACCUCAUACUCGGGUCUGCAGCCGACACUUCAGGCCAGAAGAUAUCAGGGACCGAACGGAGUACGGCGGCAGGCGGAGGCUGAUAAAGGGCGCCGCGCCGGUGCUGUUUCAAUGGAACGACUACGGAGUCGGGGGAAGACUCGAUGGACUGAAAAGGCUGGUGCUGGAAUCGGAGGAGGAGAUCAUUUCAGUUCUUACCGCUUCUCACGUUAGUGAUGGUGGUUAUCAUUAUGACACACAACAGACAAAAGAUAUCAUCUCGGCACGGUAUUACUGGCCUGACAUGUCAAAUCGCAUAAAAACAUGGGUAGACGCGUGUGACGGAUGUGUGAAAAUGGAUAACGGAACUUCUGGUGGUACCACUGGUUAUCUAGAUAGAGCACCCCAAAAAGCCAUGAAUGAAGCAAGAAUCUCAGAAGCAACUCAUGUUGUCAGAGAAGCUCAGGACAUGGAACCUAAGUUCUCAGCCACAGCAGAUUUCAAGAAGCAGAUGAUGAGCUCUGGAAAUGGAGGCAGUAACCUGCAGUGUCCAUACUGCUACUUCCAGUGCAACACUAAAUGCUCUUUUCAAAUCCACGUUGGCUCUCAGCAUCCCCUCCACUGUGAAGAUGUAUCUGUGGGCCGCUUGGGAAAAGUUAUUUUCUACCAGCGCACUGCCAAGCUCUUCCACUGCUACAUCUGCUUCUUCACGUCCAAAGACUACAGCAAGUUGUUCAACCACCUGCUGGUCCAGCACAGCUUCUCUGGCAAAGCACUACGCAAAGAUGAAGCAUUGGGGUUAAAGCAGAAAUCUGACGAAGCCAAGGAAAGCUGCAGAGCCAGUAAGGACAGCAAAGAUUCAGAUUCAUCUGAGGUUGGACAUGGGGAAGGAAGUGAGCGGGACAAAGUCCCUAGUCCCAAGAUGCAGUCCGACGGUUUGAUGGAUGUAGACACUCUAAAAACAGAAGAAGGACAGAGCAUUGAAGGGGGAGCUUUGAAUGGAUCAAACGAAGACUCCAACUUUUCCAGCAGCUUGUUAAAGAGGAAGCGAGGCUCUGCAUCUUGCAGCGAAGAUGACGACGACGAAGAGGAGGAUGAGGACGAGUUGGACAGCAGCCAGGCAGCUAAAGAGGAGAAAAAUGCUGCAGUCAUGAAAUACACUGAACACUUGAGCACGCGUUAUUAUUACUGUAAGUUCUGCAAGUGGCGCUCCAAGAAGAAAGGCUUUUUACUGUACCACGUCAGCCAGAAGCAUGACGUCCCCAAACCACAUGCCUGUAAAGAGUGUAAGAAGACCUUCAUGCUGGAAACCCUGCUGACCAAACAUGUUAAACUGUUCCAUAAACAAGGGCUGUACCAGUGCCCAUUCUGUCCUUUCGAGUCCAACUUCCUUCGAGGGAUCCGCCGUCACCUCAAUAACUGUAGAGGAGAGGAGGGGGGUGAGAUUGAAGGACACAUGGAUACUGAAGAAAAGGAAUAAGAGUGGGAAUUGAGAAUGUUGGAAUAUGGUGCUUAUAGAUCAUUGAGCUUCGACUUGCAUUGAAAUUCCUUGUUUACUCUUAAGAAUUAAGGUGCCAAAAAGGGUUCUUUGAAGUGAUGCCACAUAAGAACGUCUUUGGUUCAACAAAGAAUCUUUCAAUGGAUUAUUCUUCAAGGAACAUUUAACAAAUGAGAUGUGUGAGCUUUUUUUUUUUUACAUUUCAAGAACUUUUUAAACUUUGUUGUCUAUGUUGCCAGUAGUUUUGAACCCAACAUCCUAGUAAAUGUCUUUUUAUACUGUAUUGUUUGAAUGGAAACCUAUGGGAGCUAUGGACAUGUUUCAACACCUUUACAUGUCUCAGAAACUGAGAAAGAAUCUGUAGUGUUUUUGUGUUGCCAGUGAUACUGCCUUGUAAAGUGUUUAAGUAUAUGGGUUUUUAUUGGUAUUAUCUUUAGCUGAAAUGAGAAAGUCAAGGAAUCUGCUCACAAUAGCAUUUUGCUGUUUUAAGAAAAAAGCUAUUAUACAUAUGUACACAGUUCAUUGACAAUAAUUAUAUAACCUUAAUAGAUAUUUGUAUUUGUAGUACAGGGCCCAUAUCAUGGAAGACCAAAUAUGGAUUUUUUUCCCUUUGUUUUGUUUGUUUUUUAGAUGUAAUGCACAAACACUUUUAAAGUUUCAAAAGGUAACAUUCACUUCUCUGUCCAUAAAUGAAGGCCAGGCUGCAAAAACAGCCUGUUUUGAGUUCACUGUUUUUGUGAUGUCAUGAAAACCAGCGCGUAUGCCCAAGUUUCCUGGAUAAUUUACAUGUUUAUUUCCAUUCUGAAAAUUAGUACACAUCUUCUACACUUCUGCACAUUGUGUUUUAUUUUGCUGAAUUCAGUAUAACAAUAUAACGCCAUAUGGUAAAUGUCACAUUUAUUUGGCGUGUAUGAAGGUUCUGGCACAUUUAAUGUCUUUUAUUUUUCAAAUGUGUUAAAACUCAGCAAACAAAUAGAAAUUGUGCACUAAAUCUGCGUUAUUUGCCAUAUUUAAGUUUACUGUAGAGGAUGUGUUCACUUAUUCUCACUCAGAAAAUCAACCCAACAUGACCAGACUUGAUCCACACGUUUAAAUACAACUGUAUGUUGUCUUCAUCUGGGGCUUCAGUUGUUGAAUGCUCCGUGGGAACUGAACUGUACAGUAGUAUUUGUUUGAGUAGUAUUAUGGUUUUGUAGCAGUUACUGUCAGAUAGCUAUCUACACUAUUAUUACACUAGCUGUGUUUGUGUACGAGUGUAGUGUGUCAGUACCUCUUUACUGUUUUAGCAAAUACAGUGUUAAUGUUUCAGUCCUUUCAGUGUUUAAAUAAAAACUGCAUGUUGUCAUA